AUGCCAAUAAAACCACAAUCAGGUUAUGGCACCAUCCCCACCACCAUCAGCACAACCACGACAACCACCACACAACCCCCACAAUCACCAACAAUCCUCACCUUCAUCUCACGUGCCAACACCACAACUCAAACCAUCAUAGCCAAGCGCCGUCCAUGGCUAGAACUUUUGAAGUUCUCAUCUUUCGUUCGCCCUUACACUUAUAAUGAAGCCAUUUCUCGCAUCAAAUACAACCUCAAUUACUUUCGCGUGAAUUAUGCAAUGAUAUUUCUUGCAAUCUUGUUUUUAAGUCUUUUGUGGCAUCCAAUUUCUAUGAUUGUGUUUAUUGGGAUAUUUGUCGCGUGGUUGUUUCUUUAUUUCGAGCGUGAUGGUCCGGUCGUGUUGUUUAAUAGGAGUUUUGAUGAUAGAGUUGUUUUGUGUGUUCUUGGAUUUGUUACUAUAUUGGCAUUGGCGCUUACUGAUGUGGGUUUGAAUGUUUUGAUUUCUUUGAUUAUUGGGGUGGUGAUUGUCGGAGUUCAUGGCGCGUUUAGGGGCACGGAGGAUUUGUUUCUUGAUGAGGAAAGUGCUGUUGAAGGUGGGUUGAUUUCUGUUGUUGGGAGUCAGCCUUUGCGACCCACAACGGGUUAUACUCGGAUUUGA